AUGGCCACUCACGAGCUCUCGCCGUACAUGCUGCUGGUCCUUCUACUCGCCCUACCCGUCGUCGUCCUCGUGGUACUGGCCCGUCGCCAUGCGCAUGGGAGGGAUGACGCCCGGAGCCAGCUCAGGCCACCUCCGGGGCCAUGGGCGAUGCCGGUCAUCGGCCACCUGCACCACCUCGCCGGGGUCGCGCCCCCGCACCGCGCCCUGCGCGACCUCGCGCGGACCUACGGCCCUCUCAUGGCUCUCCGACUCCGGAACGUCCCCGUGGUGGUGGCCUCGUCCCCGGACGCCGCGCGCGAGGUCACCAGGACCCACGACGUCGCCCUCGCGUCGCGGCCCCUCGCGCCGGCGCUGCGGCUCCUGCACCGCGGCGCGGAGGGCGUCACCUUCGCGCCCUACGGCGACGGGUGGCGGCAGAUGCGCAGGGUCUGCACCCUCGAGCUCUUCGCCGCCCCCCGCGUCCGCUCCUUCCGCGCCGUGCGCGAGGACGAGCUCGCCCGCCUCCUCGGCGCCGUCGCGACCGCGGGGGCGAGGGCGGCGCCGGUGAACCUGACCCGGUGGAUAUCGCGGUUCCUCUUCGACUCCGCGGCGCGCGCCAUCACCGGCGGCAGCCGGAGCGAGCACCGCGACGAGUUCUUGCGGAUGCUGCAGGAGGCGCUCAGGAGACUCCCCAAGUUCAGCCUGCUGGACUUCUUCCCGCCGUCACGCCUCGCCACGCUCGCCAGCUACGUGUCGUCUCACGUGAUCGUGCGCCGACGCGCUGCCAUGCGGUCAAUCGGUCCAGAUUUGGACGCCAUCUUGGACUCCAUCAUCCGGGAGCACCUGGAGAGGAGAGACGACGCUGCUGCCACCGGCGUACAAGAUGACGACGACAAGGACUUGCUUGACGUGCUCUUGAGGCUGCAGAAGGACAUGGACUUCCAAUACCCUCUCACUACAAUCAACAUCAAAUCUGUCAUCAUGGACUUGUUUGUUGCCGGCGGCGAGACAUCAUCGACGGCUUUGCAAUGGGCAAUGAUCGAGCUGAUGCGGAAUCCAGCGGUGAUGCAGAAAGCACAAGACGAGGUCCGGACGGCACUCGCAGGACAGAGCAAGGUGACGGAGGACGGCCUCACCAACCUGCACUACCUGCGGCUAGUGAUCAAGGAGACGCUCCGGCUGUACCCGCCGGCGCCGGUACUGCUACGGGAGUGCCGUAACGCGUGUCAGGUGCUCGGAUACCACGUCCCGCAAGGCGCCAUGGUGCUCGUGAACGCGUGGGCGAUAGGCCGGGACCCGGCGCACUGGGACGCGCCGGAGGAAUUUGUGCCGGAGAGGUUUGAGCACUGUGGAAGGGACUUCAGGGGGGCGGACUUCGAGUACAUCCCGUUCGGUGCUGGAAGAAGGAUAUGCCCUGGCAUGGGCUUAGGUCUGGCGCACGUUGAGCUCGCGCUCGCGGCACUGCUGUUCCAUUUCGACUGGGAGCUGCCGGAAGGGAUGGUUGCUGAGGAGAUGGACAUGACAGAGGCAGCUGGGAUCACCAUGCCCCCGCGGUCUGACCUGGUGUUGGUUGCUAACCCUAGGAUGCCAGUACGUGCCAAUCGAUUGAACAAAUAG